GCCUUGGUAGUAUUUUUGGCGCAAUGCGGAAUCUCGGUAUACUCGAUUUUCGGUGGAGCACCGUAAGGAAGACGCUUAGAGUUUGGUGAGCAGAAAACUCCAGCCAUUAAUGAAGCAAACAUCUGCAAUUGUUUAAAUGAAGAUUCCUGAUUUGUUCGUACCGUUCUCAACAAAUUACUAACUCGGAAAUUUACCAAACUCAGUUUAUAUACCCAAGUAAAUGAUAAAUUUCACUUACGAUUGUGGUAUAACGGCGAAUUAUUGAAACCUCAAUGCCGUUCCACAAACAGACAGACGUUGUAUUGCGGUGGUAGCAAUAUAGGCGUGUGGUAAGUGUAAAGCGCAAUCAAUUGGCUAUUGCUGCGAAACUGUUUGCAUUAACAGCACCAACUGACAUUUAAAAUUAUAAGUAGUGAAAUCAGAACAGCGUAUCGGAAAGUAUUGAUCACCAAAGGGAUUCAGAUGUAUAAAAACACCGUUUGUUUGAACAAUCUACAUCAGUCAACAGCUGUCAGUAAAACAGUUACUUGCACAGUAUUUAGCAGAACUACAUUUUUCACUACAUUUUUAAAAUGAAAGCUUACAUGCUGUGUUUGGUUACCGCUGUGUUGGCUGGAGUUUUCGCCGAGCCGGAAGCGACUGCUGAUCCCCAAAAUUACGCCAAAUCAACGUACAACUCUUUCAAGAGCAAUGACGACUAUUGUCACCCUCGCAAAGCACCUAAAUGUUCCAAAAAUGGUACACUUUCUUUUUGUCUUAAAGACUCUGAUUACCCAGAAAAAGAAGUCAAAUAUGCGAUUGAGUACGACCCCUUAAUUCUGAAGAAAUACGCGGAUGUUGCCGAACAGUCUGCUGACAACUUGGUCGAUGGUUUGACUUCUUUGUCAGAGAAGCAUUUUAGCUAUUCUGACUACCACGGCAACACCUUUGAAAAGGGUAACUGGAUCGGUGAUGAAGGAUACAUUUGCCCUAGUGACGUGCUUUACGCUCGUCCUCUCCGCGCCAUAAAUGUCGAAGGUGAAUGGCGCGUCAUUGUUCAAGAUGCUGCCUGGCCAGGCUACACCCAAACUCAACGCAUAGAGAAAUGUCUGUUCCCGGGCGCCUCGUGCCGCACUUUGGCUCCAUGCCAUGGCAGCAAAUGCCUCCAAAAAUACGUUUACCAGCGUAUGCUUUCUUUCGAUCCUUGCAAUGUCAAGAAAGGGAUUUUCAUCGACAUCUACAAGUUGCCAUCGUCCUGUUCUUGCCACCUUCCCAGUAAACUAAACUAAUCUUUUUUUUUUUCGAUAGAAUAAUUUUUUAGUACACAAAAAUAGGCACAUCCUUUGAAUGUACCAAUCAAUAUUGCAAAAUUAGAAUGUACCAACCAAUAUGACAAAAUUAAUGCUUUCCAUUAGUAUGAUUACAGGGGCAUCUAUCUUUUCAUUAUAAUAUGUUAUUGGUUUGAUUGUCCAAAAUAAAGAAUCCUUAUUUCACAUCAAGAUAGAUGCAAACCAUAAAGAACCUCUCCUAAUCGUUUAGUCCAUCAACACAUUAGUUAUCAAAAAGAAAGAUGAACUUUUCGGCGGGUUUUUCCUGGCAUAUUGCUUCGCGAUUUAAAUAUUUAAAAUAGAUGUAUAUCACAAGCUUUACAGGUGUGAGCCAGAGAAGAAAGGUGAGUCUGUUCGUCUCUGGUGUGAGCCUUUCCUUCUUGUAAUAGCAACGAAAUAUUUCGUUACACUUAUGCCUGCCGCCAGAUGACAGCUCUACCCCUUUUGUGUAAGUGAUUCAGGAGGCUGUCAAGCUCUUGCAUCCGUUCGUGCUGCGAAUCUGCAUGGAGUUUAAAUAUCCAGAAUGAAGCCUGUGAACAUCCUGUAAACCUGUUUUCAACAUGCAGCAUGCAUUGCAUAACACUUAAGAUUCAGCUUUGUGUAAUGGUGUACAUGUAAGGAAUUUAAGAAUACUUAAAACUAGUACUUAACAUUGCCAGGAGAGGAUUUCAUUUUGUUAUCAAAAUAUUGUUUUUAAGUAUUUACCGUAAUUUUCCUGUAACCUGGCGAACGUAACUAUUGGUUACGGUUUAUUAAGAGGAUAUCACUUGAUGAUACCCGGGAAAAGCAAUCACUACUAGGACGGAAAAGCACAGUACACCGGUCACAGUGUAAUGAUGCCGACUGGGCUAAUUCCGCAUUUUUGAAUCAUCCUUGCUUUGUUGUUACAUUUCCUAUACUGCAGAGUAUAGUUGACAUGUAUUCAAUCACUAUCACAGCCCACGCAUGAAUUUCAACAAUAUGUGUCGUAGUAACCGGCGACAAUAGCCCUCCUCAAUCUUCUUCCAUUCUACUAUUUCACCUCUAUUCCAUUGAUUCGAAGUUCAUUCCAACAGAAACGGUCUUACGUGCGAAAAUUUUUCCAUGCCUAUAGCGCAACGGAUCACUCAGAGCCACUUUUUCCAGUCUUGGGACAAGUGAAAUUCAAACCGGACGAGACCUAACGACGAAGCCUAAGAAACGGGAAAAGAAGAAUUAUUUGACAAACUUGCAAACAGGAAUGAUUUUUUUUUUUUAUUUCACAUCUUGUAAACUAUCAAAAUCUCACACACCUUAGGGUUUUAUUCUGUUAUAAGUUUACUACAAUUUACACAUUUGAUAUUUUACAAUUGCAUUUUGUGUGUAUAUUGGAGUAGGUCUUUCAUAGUAUAAAACCCCAAGCCAUGGGAUUUAAUCCCUAUCCGUACAAAAAAAAAGUUUAGAAGAUGUGAAAUUUGAAAAUAUUGAUCAUUGUUUGUUAAUGUCUAUGACACGAUUUCUAUCUAUAACUACAACGAACUGCCCCGUAUGGAGAUCGAAGGAAAAUGUUCUGUUACGAAGGCUUCGCGAUCUAGACAGUUUUUUUCUCUGCAUUUGAUCAACCUGAACGUAUAAUCGAGUUUUGGCAAAAUUAAG